AUAUUGUUCAAAUUACAUUUCACAAGUCAGCGAAGCCGCAAGGGGAAGGAAUAAAAGACUUGGCUAGCAAGCCGAAUAAAACGUAAGCCGCUGAAGAUGACGUCGCUUCUUGUUCCUCAUAUUCCAGCGCCUGGAUUUUCUUUUGAUAAUUGCCAAAGGAAUGCAUUCCUUGCCCAAAAAGGUUAUGCGCAACCAAAGGCAACAAAAACCGGGACAACCAUCGUUGGAAUAAUAUUCAAGGAUGGCGUUAUCCUGGGAGCGGAUACUCGGGCAACAGAGGAUACGAUUGUUUCUGAUAAGAACUGCAGCAAGAUCCACUUCUUAGCACAAAAUAUGUAUUGUUGUGGCGCAGGUACAGCAGCUGACACUGAAAUGACGACACAGAUGAUCGCUAGCCAGUUGGAACUCCACCGAUUGAACACUGGUCGUAUUGUACCCGUUGUCACCGCUAAUACAAUGCUUAAGCAGCUUCUAUUCCGUCAUCAAGGUCACAUUGGAGCUGCCCUUGUUCUAGGAGGUGUUGAUUUUUAUGGAUCUCACUUAUACUGCAUUUAUCCUCAUGGUUCUACUGAUAAGUUACCAUACUGUACCAUGGGUUCUGGGUCCCUCGCUGCUAUGUCCGUUUUCGAAAGCCAAUGGAAGCCUGAUCUCUCGGAGGAGGAAGGUAAAAAUCUAGUGGCAGAUGCAAUCAGAGCUGGUAUAUUCAAUGAUUUGGGUUCUGGUUCGAACGUGGAUGUUUGUGUAAUCAAGAAGGGUUCCGUGGACUACAUUCGUCCAUUCGAUGUGGCAAACAUCAAAGGUAAAAAGCAAGGCUCUUAUCGUUACAAACAAGGAACAACGGCCGUGCUCAACAAGACAGUUCGACCUGUAAUUAUUGAGAAAACUGUCAUCCGAAAAAUCGACCAAGAGUCAAUGGACACAUCCUCCUAAUUGUUGAUGGGUCAUGAUAAUCAACUAUCGUAAGAAUAACCACUUCAAUUUCGUUUUGUAUUAAUAAAUUCCAAUGAAAAUCGAUUACAA